AUGAUUUUGAUUCUUUUCAGUGUUAGUGACCAAGAAAAUAAUGUUGAAGAAGGAUUCGAGUUAGGAAAUCUCUCGGGUAGCUUAGAAGAUCUAGUUGGUACAUUUGAUCAGAAAAUUUCACAUUGUUUUAAAGAUCUUGGUGAAGAUGUCGAAGAAAUUGCUCCUGUACAAGUUAGAUCACAGGACGAAAUCAUGUCUGAAAGCCAGAUUUGGUGGACUCUUACUGGCAACUUCGGUAACAUGUUACCGUUGGAUUUUUCUAAUUCCCAAACGCGGCAGUUUCAAUUGCCAGCUCUUGACUUACAGCCUCGCAAGGAUGAAAGUGAGUCGGGAGUAGAUGUUUCUGAGGAAGAAGAACUAAGAGCAUCUCUGGACAUGCACCAGUUAAUAUCACAACAGCUGCCGCUCUCAGACUCUCCACCGCAGACUGCUGAUCAGGUUAUUGAAGAGAUCGAUCAGAUGUUGCAAUCAUGUGAGUUUUCCGGUUCGAUGAUGACUGACCGUACGAUGGAAUCAGUAGAUAGUAUGUAUUCAUCGCUGAGAUCUCCUUUGCCGUCAGGCCUUUCUGAAAUGGACAUGAAAUUAAGACAGACAACCGCGCUUACAUCAGAUCCUCAAAAUUUACAGUCAUUAUCAUACAGUAAACUUGUUGCCCUUUGUGCCGAAAUGGAGCAACUGAUACAGGUGUACAACGAAAGUUUGGUAGAACAGUUAGCUCACCGAGACGAACUCGAGUAUGAGAAAGAGAUGAAAAACACUUUUAUAUCUUUACUACUAUCUAUACAGAACCGGAGAAGACAGUUUGCAAACGACCGAAAAAAAAAGACUUUAAAAAUUGAGACUUCACAACUACCACAGUACGUAACUGCCUCUAUACCUUACUGCGAGAGUAAUUCGCAUAUGGAUUGUUGUACACUUCAGGCGUUAAUUAAAAUCUUGAAGGCCAUUGACGACAACAACCCUGCUGUCCCGAAUAUGCUGACCGAUUAUAUAUUGACAGGUUUGCUUCAUUUUUCUGAAGUUAGAUUUUCUGUUUUAAAACUGAUACUUUACUAA